UCUUAUGAGAAAUGUCUAACAUUUUGAUUUAUUUAUUUAUUUAUUUAUUUGCAAAAUUUUGAACUACUUUCAUUGGUAGCAUGAAAAAGACUUAUGUUAUGUGCUAUAAUUGUGUAUUUUGAGUGUAUUUUCUAUUAGUUUGGCCUACCCAUAAUAGGCAGCAUUGCUAUUGUGAGGUAAUUUUAUGGUUCCAUAUUAGGUAGAACAACCUCUUCUCUACCUUUCAUGCUUGUUCUCUUGUUUAGUUGUAGUUUUGGUGUAAUUGAUGUCAUUUCACAUCUUUAAAAAAAGGUUAUAUUUUGUAGGCCUCUUGUCAUACAUCAUUGAUCAUGUUUGUGGGUGAUUAAUAGGUUUCUAUAUGGUCUUUUCUACAAGAAAGUUUUCUUGAGUUGUUCCCCCCAUGGAAAAUGAAAAGAAGGAAUAAGUUGGAGAAAGCGGGUCUGUGGUUUCAGUUUAGAAUCUUUCCAAGAUGAAAAUUGGAGAAUUUAGGAUUCUGUUUUGUAAAUACUCAUUUUACUAAGAUAGGCUGUUCAUUUUUUUUUUCACUUCCCUUUAUAUAAACAAAAGAUGGGGGCUAAUUGUUGUGUGGCUGCGAGAGAAAAACCCUUGCCAGAUAGGGGUAGUCGUGAACUUUCUAGUUAUAGGAAUGCUAGACAUUCACCAUCGUGGAGCUUUCGAUGGGACAAUCGGACUCAUAUAGAGGAUAUCAUGGAGAACCCUUCUCGGUUUUCUCAACAUAGAAGUGGUCAUGUUGGCUCUGAAAGUAAGAGUUCAGGCACCACAGAAACUGAAGGUCUUUCAGAUGGAGGGAGCCCGUCACUUAAUAUUCAGCCCCUCAAGGGGCAGAAGGAAGUAGGAAUUUCCGGAAGCUCUAGAUCAGUCAAUCCCGAUAAAUUCACAAGGAGCAAAUUUACUACUGAGGAGAAGGAUCCUGUUACGUCCUCAGUGAAACCAAGUGCUUCAGAUACAAAAUCCUCAAUCUCUACUUCCUCUUCCUCACCAUCCGAAGUUGCAGAAGCUUCAUCUUCUCGUAGCUGCUCUCUUCAAUCACACCCAUAUCCUUCCAGAAAAACUCGACGCUCAGAUGGCUCGUCUGCUGGAGGAUAUCAUGGUGGCUCCUCAGAUAGCUGGUCAAUGAGAACAUUCACCAAGCUUGUUGCGACCUCUUCAAACAGAGAACGGUGGUCCUUAGACAGCGAUACAUCUAGCUCAGCCAACACCAAUAUAUCAAGAUCAUCAUUUACCUCAUCUGAUCUCAACACUUGCAGAGUAUGCUCAAAGCUAUUGGAGGAGAAAUCUCCAUGGAGUGGUCAGAGGAUAGUCUCUACAAAUGAACUACCAGUAGGUGCGGUUCUCAUAUGUGGUCAUGUGUAUCACGCUGAUUGCUUAGAGAGCAUAACAUCAGAAACAGACAGAUAUGACCCUCCUUGCCCUAUGUGCACCAAAAUUUCAUUUAAAGCUGAGGUGAAGACAAGGAGCAAGGUCUCUAGGAGAGCUGUAGCUGAUAUUGAUGUGGAUGUGGAUCCUUUAUCCAGUGGCCCGAAACAGGGUGGAAGAGGUCCAUUCAUGAGGCGG